GUUCACCUUAAAAACUUCUGCAAUGUCAAAACUUCUGCUGUUGAUGGCUUUCUGCUGCAUAUUAAUAUCCCAGGUCCUAGCUCAGGAUGCUUCAAGUCGCCAAUUUUGCGAUCGUUUAUUCGCCGACUGUCUUCGUGAAGAGCCCUAUGUGGGACGAAGAGAUGAUACCGUGGAUCUAUUCAAUUUAUAUUGCUUUCAGAAUGUUUUCCGUGGACACUGGAUGAACGUAUCCCGUUGUCAGCUGGUCAAAGCCUCGUGCAUAUUAACUAUGGUUCGCUGCGAUAAUUUAUCCUGCAAAAAUGUUUUCCUUGCCCUGACGUCCUAAUAAAUUGCAUUAUUUUACUGUUGUGAGGUUUAAUAAAUGCGUUGUCAGCCGAAAUAACAGAAAGGUUUUCAAUGAGAGAAAAUAAAGUGAUUUUAA